ACGUUCAGCUAUCUUAGAUCCAGCCGUAGUGCGAAUUUAGCUCGGGGUCUGACAUGCCAAUUUACCAAUUUAACCCUGCUCUUUUAAUUCUACCACGCCUAGGUUCCCCCCAAGUCACAGGCAUAUACGUAUUACUACACUUUACUGAGUCACAGGCCGAGGACCAGAAGAGCCAAUCCACAAAUAUCUCUAUUUUCGCUUCCCCCUGCUUCUCUCUCUCUCUAUCCCUACUUCGCCUCUGUUUCAUCUGCCCAGUUGUUCUUGUGAACCCGCCCUUCUCAUACUCGUUUUCUAAUCUGUAGUUCAUUGAUUCUCAGUGUUUCAUUAUCUUUGUAUCGGGCAUUUCUUAGUUAGAUCACGGUUCUGCCUUUUAAAUUUUCUAUGCCUUGAGGCUUUACUGGACGAAUCUACUUAGAAUAACUUCUGUGUAUUGUUUGAGUUCUCAGAGCUUCAGUAGAUUCUUUUUAUUGAGCGUCGUGCUAGUGAUGCCAAUCAAGUCCUUCUCGUUCCCGAGAUCCUUCGUUGUAAGGUCACAUCUUUACUAGGGGCUUUAAGAUCAUGGGUAGAGGUAGAGGAAAGGGUAAAAAGUUAACUGUUACCAGUCACGACGAUCCUGGAAGUGGGGAGGAUGAGAAAGUUUCCACGCAGAAGAGAAGGGGAAGACCACAAAAACCACUAAAGGAUGACUUAGAUGAAGAAGAUGUUGAAAAAAUAGAAGAAGGCGAAACAGAUAAUAUUAAGAAUGGAGUGGCUAACAAGGAGAUGAAAAGUCCCACUGCAACUGAACCAGGGAAGAAGAGGAAACGAAAUUCACUCGUGAAAGAGAAAUUAGAGUCAGUUGAGGAGGAAAAGAGCAAUGGAAAUCGAUCAAGCACUGAUGAUUUGAGAAAGGGUGAUGGACUUAGGCAGAAUGGAAGCAGGCGUAAAAGCAAGCCUCGUCGCGCUGCUGAAGCAGGUGUGCAGUGCAAGUAAUCAAAUGGCAGGCUGAGCAGUAUCUUCCAUCUUUCUCAUUUUACUAGAUAAAUCGAGGAUGGGAAUUGAGAAGUAGUAAUCUGAUUUCUUUAUUUUAUUUUGUAUUUGAUUUUCCCAUGUCUUCACUUUCCGCAGCAAUGGGUUUCCAUUUGGUUCCUUAUCAUUAAUUCCCUUUUGAUUUUCAGGAUUUGAAUUUGAAUUCAAGUUGUUUUCCUGUUGAAUUUUUUUUUUUAAUUUCCUGCAUUAAAAUCAGGCUGGGGUUUUAUUUUUUAUUUAUGAUCAUGCCUCUUAUCUGAAAAGUAGUAAUGCUUCCACUUCUUUCUGAUAAGGUGACUCAGUAGAAAUGAUCUUCUCCGCGUUCCUGUCAGUCUCAAAGCCUUUUUUUGGUUGUUGAAAUGAGUCUUUACCAGUCUUUGUACUUUACUUGUUUUCACUAAAUAUUUGUCGACCUAUUCCAUUAUCAAUGCCCUUCAGUUCCGUGAAGUCAGUACAAGGGUGAAGGCAAAUAAUCUGUGUAUGGGCUCUGUUAAGAUGUUUUCUGAUGCCCAUCACCCUGAUACAACUCUUCAUGAAUUUCCUGAAUAUUCUUGUAGGGCCAAUAAGCAUGCAUAUAACAGACAGGCAGGUGUGUAGAUUUCGUUAAUUAUGUGUGACAAUAUCAAUAUUAGUCCUUCAGCAAGCUUCUCUCAGCUGGCUUAACUCGUCUUUCUGAAAUAGUUAACUAAUCGGCUUCAGGAAGGAUCUAGAAGUUUGCAUUGUUGGUUAUGCUUUUGCUGUGAUCUGUGCAUCAUCUUGUCCAUAAAAACAAGGUUGUUUAUGUUUUGAUAAUACAUCUGAUAUAUGUGCGGCGGUUCCGUAAGAUUUGGAUUUCCCUGGCAUUGUGAUGACAUGAUAUGAAGUUUUUGCCUGAUCAAAGUUGCAGUUACUUCUUUCUUGGAUCAACAAAUUCCCGUUACUUUAAAAAGGGAAGAUUAGAAAAUGACAGAUAAUGGUCCAAGUUUGGGAUAUCUCUGGUGUUGUCUGCGUUCAGCCUUUGAGCGUACGUAGGGAUGACCUCAUCAUUCCGUUAUGAUGAUGCAAAGCUGAGCUUUUAUAAGAACUUCUUGAACGGAUUCACAGCUGAGGGAAUAUCGUUGUUUCAUAAAUAAUCUUGAUCCUGCCAGUGUUUGUUGAAGAAUGCCGUAUCAGACAUUUACUAUUUAAUUUCUCAAGUUGACCUCCCUUGCCAGGCAAGAAAAGAACAAACAGAAAAGUUCCGUGUUGUAAGUUCACCAGAUCUAAAUAUCGUUGUUUCAUAAAGAAGCUUCAACCUUUUGUUGAUUGUUGACUCA